AAGUUCGGCAAACAGAUCCAGCGCCGGCAGCUUGAUCUCCCCGAAUAUGCAGCUAGCUUCGUCAAUUACAAGGCACUGAAGAAGCUUAUCAAGCAACUGAGUGCUACACCUACCAUCCCGGCUCAAAGAACCCCAGAAGAGAUUGCUCAAGAUGGCGCUCUCGACCCACAAGCCUCUUUACGAGCGAAUAAAGAGGUGUUCUUCUUUCGUUUGGAGCGAGAAAUUGAAAAAGUCAAUGCUUUCUACUUGCAGAAAGAAUCGGAGUUCUCCCUCCGUCUCAAAACUUUGGUCGACAAGAAGCGCGUGAUUCAAUCCCGAACAGUAUCCAACUCAAAAGCCCCAUCAAACUUCAAGGCUUUAUUUGAAGGACUGCAACAAUUCGAUGGCGACUUGAAUAAAUUGCAGCAGUUUGUGGAAAUCAACGAAACUGCUGUAUCUAAAAUUCUUAAGAAGUGGGAUAAGACUUCCAAAUCUCGCUUAAAGGAGCUCUAUCUGCAGCGUGCAGUGGAGGUACAGCCUUGUUUCAACCGGGAGGUUCUUCGUGAUCUAUCAGACCGAGCGACGACAGCCCGGUUGGAGUCGGAGGCUUGGGCAGAAGGCGAGAACUUACAGUUUGAUACGUCCCGCCCCACCGAACGUACCAUGGCACCUGGAUUUGGCACCGAGGAGGAAGAGCUGGACCUCCAGAUCUUGCAGUCCGCCUCAACCGGCAAUUUGCAGACCCUGCGUGAGUGGUUAGCCAAGUUGCAAUCAUCUCCCGAUGCUCGUGAUCGUGCCACAAGGACAUUCUUAACUGCAAUCAAUGGGUCUUCGGAUGAGGUCCUCGCUCUUCUUCUGGAAAGUGGAUUGGUUGACGUCCAUGCUGAGGAUGAUAUCAAUGAAAGGAAUUGCCUUCACGAAGCUGCUAUCUCUGGACGAGACUUCGUCCUCGCAGCAGGCAUUAAGGCAUCGGUUGAUAUUUCUCGAUCUGAUGUCUAUGGCCGUAUUCCUCUGCACUAUGCCUGUAUGCACGGCCGUGUGGAUAUGGUGCGAGAGUUACUGGCGGUUGGUUCACACACGGUAGAUGUGACCGACCAUGAUAACUUCACUCCCCUGAUCCACAGUAUCGUGAAACGUCAGCUUGCAUGUGCCAAGCAGGUUCUCAUUAACAACGCUCGCAUUGACCCGUCAUCAGACUCAGAUCACAUCCCACUGAACCUUGCCUGUCAGCAUGGUUCUUUGCCAAUCGUCCAGAUGCUUCUAGAGCGAAAGGCUCGCCUGCUGCCCGAUGCGGAGGGUCUUUACCCCCAACACAUGGUAGCUCGCGCAUCGCAAUCGCCGGACCUGCUCCUGCUGCUGAAGCAACAUGGAGCGGAUUUGAACCAACAGGAUAAGCUGUAUCAAUGGACGCCACUUUUCCACGCGGCAAGCGAGGGCUGUGUACCCUGUCUACGGACACUUCUGGAGCUUGGCGUGGAUGCGCAGGUUGCAGAUGAAAAGGGUCUUUCAGCCAUGUACUACGCUGCCUGGGAAGGGCAUCUUGAGUGCAUGUUGCUCCUCUGGGCUCAACCAGUGGAGGAAAUUCCCCCACAGCGACCCCUGGAUGUCCUGAACGGGUUCAAAUUCCAGUCUUCUGAUUCGAUGGACAUUGGACGACGAGCGAGUUCGGCGGAGAUGGAGAUUGCUGAUGGUAUCCCUGAUCUUUCUCUGCCUCCUCCAAUUAUUCCUCUACGACGCUACGGCCACAAUUUCCUCGAUAAGAAGGUUUUUGUGCAACUGCUGUUUGAUCAAGGGAACGCCAGCUCCAUUGCCUUUGACCAGGCUGGAAGGCAUCCGGCUGCUAGACUUACUAUCUCAUCUAAGAUCUCCGAUUUGAUUCCAAGGACCAUCAUGUUACCCAUUCAAGAUGAUGCUCGCACGAUAUCCUUCCAUGUGGAUAGCCUGGACACUUUCACUGUCGAUUUCGAGAUCUUCCCUACCUUUGGUUCCAAGGUUAUCGCGAAGAGUGUGGCUUUACCAGUCAUCUUCCGCGCUGAAAAGUCUAGUACGGGAACCUGCUGCCUGCCUCUCUUUGACCCUCGUCUUCGGGCUAUCGGGCAGCUCCGAUUUAAUUUCCAGGUUAUCAAGCCUUAUCACGGGGACCCCCUGGAGAUUACACACUUUGCGACGUACUGGAAGGCAACGGGGGCUAUCGAUUCAGAGCACAACGGGCUGGUCACUGGUUCCAGCUUGUCUGGAGAUUAUGUGCAACUCUUUGUGCAACUGACUCGAGACCGGGUGCCGGUUCUUUACCCGCAAUUCCUCAUCAACCAUCAUGGAAUUGACCUCCCCAUUUGUCAAUUGACAUACGAGCAGUUCCAGACUAUUGGUGCGACGCGGGGUAUUGACAGAAAUACUCUGCUUCAAUUCUUGAAGACUCAAGCUCUUGAGGAUAUGCCCCAAGCCCAUCGUCUUCUAGCGGGAUCUUUCAUGUCACUACAGGAUGUUCUGCACGAGCUUCCCAUUGGCUUGAAUGUUAACCUCUCCAUCCUUUAUCCAUCUAGCGCCGAGGAGAAAUCCCUUGAGAUGACUUCUCUGGCUGACGUUAAUAGCUUUGCUGAUGCGAUCCUAACUGAUGUGUUCCACCAUGCCCGGGAGUCUCGUGAUACGAACCUCGACUUUAUGCGCUCAGUGGUGUUUACCUCUUACAACGCUAACAUCUGCACUGCCCUGAAUUGGAAGCAACCUAAUUGUGAGUUUGCACCAUUUCUUAGUACUUCAUUUAGGAUCAAUUACUCAUCGUUCAUCUCUUUAGAUCCCGUCCUUCUUUGUAAUGACCUGGGCCAAAUUCGAGACCUGGCUCGCAAUGUGGACACCCUCCCCCAUGUAAACAGCAGUGGACGAACCUCGAUGUCGAUUAAGGAAUCUGCGCGCAUCGCUCAAAGCAAUAACUUUAUGGGCCUAAUCUGCCGUUCAAGUCUCUUGAACGUCGUUCCUGCUCUUGUGGAGACUAUCAAAGAACUCGGCCUUGUCUUGGUGGCUGAUACCUCUGAUGAGACUGGUCAACCUGAACGCAGAGACUCUGUGGCUGAUGCCGAUGCCAUGGGUGUGGCGGAAUGGGCUUACCGAAUGCCUGACGGUGUGAACGGCGCCAUGAAAGCCAAUGGUGUUCUCCGAUUCAACGAUAUGGUCGAUAUGUGA